GAGUCCAAAAUGUCACUCGAGGACAAGCUGAACGCCGCGCUCACCUCGCGCGAGAAACGGCUCAUCCGGCGCAGACUCUACGACCCCUCCGCGGACGCGCACCUCGUCGACUUCUCCACAAACGACUACCUCUCCCUCUCGCGCUCGCCCGACCUCCGCGCCCGCUUCCUCGCGCGCCUCGCCGCCGCCCCCGACGUCCUCGGAUCUGGGGGCUCGCGCCUGCUCGUGAACGGACACGCGCACGCGGCGUUAGAGGCGCGUCUCGCGGGCUUCUUCCGCGCGCCCGCCGCGCUGCUCUUCAACUCCGGGUUCGACGCGAACGCGGGCUUCUUCGCGUGCGUGCCGCAACCGGGGGAUGCAGUCGUGUUCGACGAGCACAUCCACGCGUCUGUGCACGAUGGGGUGCGCGCAUCGCGGGUGGCCGCGCGGGUGCCGUUCGCGCACAACUCGAUACCCGCGCUGCGGGUGGCGCUCGAGCGGUUACGCCAAGACAGGCCGGCGUUGGUGAGCGGCGGGAGCAGCGUGUUCGUCGCGGUGGAG